UGUCCCUCACACCAAGUCCGCUGAGUAUGCUGAGCUGUGGCCACGUCCAGUACCCUCGUCCGUUGCGAAUCAAAGCGAAGUGAAAGACGAGGCAGUUCGGUAGUCAGUGCGGCGUAAGACAGGCGUAAGGACGUGGAAAAGCGGAAGUGGAGGUUGCGAUGAAGGGACUGGCCGCUGGGGCGUUUCUGCUGGUGGUUGUUGUGGUUGUCUAUACGCAACCGAAGCUGACGGAGGCCAAGGAAUCUCACGGAAGCUGCUCAAGAGGAGGAGGAGCUCGGGCCGGAUCUUGCGUUGAUGAUGCAGGAGCCGGAGCAGACAGACGGACGCGGCUAACAGGACACAGCAAACAAACACGGGAAGGAAAAUAUGCUAAAUCCGUGGAAAGCCGAAAAUCCACGAAAGAAAACCCGGGAGAUAGGAGAGAGAAGACAAUAGGUGGGAAUAAGAGAAAGGGAGAGUUAAAGGAAGCAAAGUCUACAAGGGGAAAGGGAAAGAAGGAUAAAUACGGAGGUAAGAAAGCAAAGGAGAACAAAUGGACGAAGAACAAGGACAAACAACACGCGGGGAAGGUUCAUAAGGGUCAAAAUCGCGGAGUGAAAGGCACAGAAGAACGAAAGAAGAAGGAAAAGAGAGCCAAGAAGGACGAAAAACUUGGAGGAGCCAAAGAGACAACGAAGAAAGAAUCGAUAAACGGGAAGACCAAUGAAGCAAGGAAGAACGGAAAAAUCGAAGAAGAAAACAAAACCAAUGGACUAAAACAUGAAGGAAAAAACGCCACAGGUCAACAGGCCGACUCUCAAAGCAAAGAAAACAGAACUCCGGCAAGUGAAGGGGAAACUGAACCAAAAAUCGAUUCUUUGACGAUGCCCACAAACACCGAGAUUAACGAAGAGAUCCAAGGCAUUUCGAAAGGGAAUCUGAAAAACGAAGAAGGGAAAGGUGCAAAUGAUGCCCGUAAAAUAUACAAACCAAGUCUCCUGUCAGUGGAAAUGGAAUUCGACUCAUCUGAAAUGGAAGGAGAUGAAGAAAUCGUAGCGCACGGCAUAGAAAACGGGGUGACCGGAGGCGAGGAGGUCUUCGACGGCGGAAAGAGAAUGAAAAAAUCCGUAGAUAAGGACGCAGGGAAGAGUGAUAAGGCUGGGAAGGACACGGACGAAGAGGAUAAGAACGGCGGUAACGAAAGCGAUGCACAUGACAGCCAAGAAAAAGGUGGAAGCAACGAAAACGAAGAAGAAAAGGUGACGGAUAGUGAGAAACCGAAGGAUGAGACAAAUCAAUCACGAAAUACGACACAAGGAAAUGAAAAUUCCGAAACAAGUGAAAAUUCCGGAGAAAAGGAACUGAAUUCAAAUCAAGAUAAUUCCGAAGCGAAUGAAAAUAACUCAGAGACAAAUAAGAAAAAUUCCCAAGCAAAUAAGGAAAAUAUUCAAGACACAGAGACCACAACAGGUGACUCUAAGGAUACACAGGAAGAGAGUAAACAUGAAGAUAAAGAAGGAAAUAGAGACGAUAAUUUGAUAACGAAGGACGGAGAAGAGAGGAAAAUGGACGCCGGACACAUGCUUCAUGUUAGUUCCGAGUUUGAUUCUUCACAAAUGGAAGAGAAUUUGGAAUAAGGCAGAUAAAGGAGGAAAUAGCGGAUAAAAGGAAGCAAAGAGAUAAAUGCGGAUAAAAGGAGGCAAAGAGAUAAUAGCGGAUAAGAGGAGGCAAAGAGAUAAUAGUGGAUAAGAGGAGGCAAAUGCAUAAAAGGAUGGCAGAGAUAAAUGAUGAUAAAAGGAGGAAUAAAGAUAAGAAGCAAGAGAAGAUUGAAGUCACGUGAUUUUUACUUAAUUCUCCAAUGAAGGUCAUUUAUUUUUAUUAUACUUUUUUCCCGUUACCUGAUAUAUGAUUUACGAGUAAGACAACUAUAAUGUCCGUUUGUUUAUGUAUUUUAAGUAUUAUGUAUUUUUUUAUGUUCACCAAUUACAAUGUGAUUUGGAAGUAAAAUUUGUAACGUGAGUUCUUUAAGCUUUUAAUAAAGUGACAUGAAUAGGCCUA